AUGGCGUACCUGGACGGUAUUUUACAUUUAUUUAUAGUAAAUCAUGACGAGAAUUCACAAAGAAUUUUGCAAAACAACAGAAUUCAGCGACAAAUGAGGGAUGCAAGUAAUCCUUUUCAUUUACCAGACAGAUUAUUUUUAAAACUGUUUAGGCUUGACAAACAAACAACUCUAGACUUCAUCGACAGUAUCAGAGAUCAUAUGGCUCAGCCAUUAAAAGGAUCAAAAGUUCCAGUUCAUUUAAGGGUACUAACAGCUAUGCAUUUUUUUGGACACGGUUCGUACCAAACGGGAACUGGCCUUCAACAUCCCUUGGCAGUUAGCCAACCUACAGUCAGCAGAUGCAUAGCUGAAGUCUCUGAUGUCAUUACUAGAUUUUUGCUCAAUAGAUGGGUAAAAUGGCCCCGAACUGAUGACGAAAAAAAUAGCGUGAAACGAGGUUUUAGACUGCUCGAACCACGUUUGCAUAAUAUGCUAGGUGUUAUAGACUGCACGCAUAUUAAAAUUAUUGCACCAUCAGAAGAGCAUCCGGUACAUCCAGCUGGACCUUAUUAUUGCAGAAAGGGAUAUUACAGCAUAAAUACCCAAAUAAUUGCGGAUACCAAUCGCAUUAUAAGAGCAAUCAAUGCCAGGUUUCCUGGAUCGGUACAUGAUGCAGCUAUUUGGUCGAUGUCUGCCGUUAAAAGGAUUUUACAAAAUAAUUUUGUACAGCGCAAUGACGAAAAUUAUUUACUUGGGGAUUCUGGUUAUCCUUUGGAACCUUGGCUGUUGGUUCGAUAUCCUCAUGUAAUACCAGGUUCACCAGAAGAAAAUUUUAACGCAACUUUGUCAAGAAUUCGAACUAUAAUAGAGCAUGUUAACGGUUUAUUAAAAUCAAGAUUUCGAUGUUUACAUGAACACCGAGCUCUUCACUAUAACCCACGUAGAGCAGCUAAAAUUAUUUAUUCUUGUGCGGUUUUACACAACAUAUGUAGAGAAAGAAAUGUACCGGAACCACCAAACGAGGAUUUUCCUCCUGUGCCCCCAUUGCGAGACAAUCAAGAUGUACAUCAGAUUCCCAGAAACAAUGACUGGUAUCGUUUGGGUGAAAGAUUACGACAAAAUAUAGUAGAGACUCAUUUCCAAAAUUAA